AUGGAAAAGUCUGAAGAAGAAUUGGAGAAGGGGUUCGAGUUCAUCAGGGAGCAUGGGGAGCGUGACCGGGGCAAUCUCAAGCAACUUGUCUGGAUUCAAAAAAGCAUUGCGGGCAAUACCCCGAUCAAAGGUUGGAGAGAUGGUCUUGUGCAAAAAGCAUUGGAUAGUUUGGCAACGGAUGCUACUAUGUCAAAGCUUAUAACCCGCUACGACCUCAUCAUUGGUGACUUUGAAGAGGGCAUACAGGACUUGAUGCAGAAGCUUGUUCCAUAUUUGCGAGAACAUGCACUAUGGAUUCUAGGAGCUGCUGGCAAAGGAAAAACUCCCUUGGGACGUGUGAUCGCUAUGAUGUUCUCACGAUACCAUGGAGGCACUGGUUCCUAUAGAAGUGGAAGCGACUUUGAUUAUUUUCGUGGAUGUCCAUUCACUAAGAAGGUAUCUGCCAUCUACGAUGACGGCGACAUCGGCCUCGAACCCGUCAAAAAGAAAAAAGCCUUUUCAGAUGUUGCCGACACAGAAACAUUAACCAAGGAACGCUGGACUGCCGCUAAGUUUGUCCAAAAUCAGCUUCGUGUCGUCAUAGACAACGCGUUUGAGCCUGAGAAGGAACAGACUAUCUCCGUGGACCCGAACCCAACCAUUUCUCAUGACCAGUUCCUGGACAUCAUUCGCCCUGCGAUUCGUGAUAUGAGCACUGCGGAUAUCAUGGCUAUCUUGAAGCGCUCGGUCUUCGUGGUUGUUGGCAAAGAAAUCGUGUAUUGGCGUUUGACUGUGCGAAACCUCGCAUCCACAACUACCGCAACGGUGGUCCUCAACCAGAAGAUCAUGCCGAACGUCUUCUGUGGGAGGAUGCCUGGCUUCAAGAAGCAAUUCGUCGCUUCGAUACUCCCAAUGGCAGACCCCCCGCUCCUCACGCAGCAGCUCCCGCACAUGUACGAGUCAAACGGGAAAGGUUUACAUUUGCAAAGAAACUCGCAUCCGAAUCUUCGCGCGCACCCAUCGAGAUCGCUACCCCGUCACCAUCGCCAUCUCCAAAACGACCUCGUGGAGAGGUACAUGUUGGCAGUCCCGACGGCCGCAACGUGGAGUCUGCAGGCAUCCAUGAUCCGGUAG